GCAAACCUGGGUGUGGGUGCUAUCAUGGUGGCAAUGACGUUGGUUACAGUUCCUCUCAUGGACAGAUUAGGUCGGCGAGUGCUGCAUUUGACCGGCUUGGCGGGAAUGUGCAUAUCUGCCAUUUUAAUCGUAAUAGCGCAGAACAUUGAUUCAGAGGGAGCUCAGGUCUUUCUCAUCGUUGCAACACUCAGCUUUGUCGUCUUCUUUGCAGUGGGCCCUGGAUCCAUACCCUGGAUGAUUUGUGGAGAACUGUUCACUCAGGGCCCUAGACCAGCUGCUUCCUCUAUUUGUGUAUUUGUGAACUGGGCAGCUAAUCUAUUGGUUUCUCUAACUUUCCCAACCUUACUGAUUCCUAAACUAGGAAGCUUCACCUUCCUUCCCUUCGCAGUCCUGCUCUUCCUCUUCUUUAUCUUCGUGUUCCUUUUCCUACCGGAGACUAAAGGAAGACAGGUCGGAGAAACAACAGCUUUACUCCAGACCAAAGGAUGGAAGGCUGGUCAAGCAAGAAGAUCAUAGUACAGAACCAGAUUUUUUUACAUUUUUUACAGCGAGAAAUUGCAACAAAAUAGUGAUAAAUGAUGCCAUGUACAGGUAGUCCCAUUAAACAUUGGAAUAAAGGACUAUUCUUUACUGAACAAUGGAGAUAUGUUUUUAAUAUACAUUGAAGAAAUUUAUCUCCAGAGUAGAUACUAUAAACGAAAAUUGAUAAUAUUUAAAAUCCAUAAUUUAUAUGUCAGGAAAUUUUUCAUUGGUAAGUUUUAUUUUGUAAAUGUUAUUAUGUUACACUUAGCUCAAUGUUUUUGUUAAUUUUUAUUUGUUUUCCAAAAUAUUUAAUAGUGUCUUUUUUAGACUACUCGUUUAAAUAAAUAAAGAAGAUUGAUCAUUU